UGUCUGGUAACCCGGUCUGCCGUUGGAAACCAGGGACUGCGGCAACAUGGCAACGACCACCACAACAAAGGUUCCUGAAGUGAGGGAUGUCACCAGGAUAGAGAGAAUUGGUGCCCAUUCACACAUCCGUGGUUUAGGACUCGAUGAUGCCUUGGAACCCCGACAGGUGUCUCAGGGCAUGGUGGGACAGCUCAGUGCUCGGCGUGCUGCUGGAGUCAUCCUGGAGAUGAUCAAGGAGGGGAAGAUUGCUGGGAGAGCCAUUCUCAUCGCUGGCCAGCCAGGAACGGGGAAAACAGCAAUUGCUAUGGGGAUGGCUCAGGCCCUAGGGCAGGACACACCAUUCACAGCUAUUGCCGGCAGUGAGAUAUUCUCUCUGGAAAUGAGCAAAACCGAAGCACUGACUCAAGCUUUCCGUCGGUCCAUCGGAGUCCGCAUCAAAGAGGAAACUGAAAUUAUAGAAGGAGAAGUUGUGGAAAUUCAGAUUGAUCGACCAGCGACUGGGACGGGUGCAAAGGUUGGGAAGUUAACCUUGAAAACUACAGAGAUGGAGACAAUCUAUGAUUUGGGAACAAAAAUGAUUGAGUGCUUAACAAAAGAGAAAGUGCAGGCUGGAGAUGUCAUUACCAUUGAUAAAGCAACGGGUAAAAUCAGCAAACUAGGACGAUCUUUUACUCGAGCUCGCGAUUACGAUGCUAUGGGAGCCCAAACAAAGUUUGUGCAGUGCCCAGAUGGAGAGCUGCAGAAACGCAAGGAAGUGGUUCACACUGUGACGUUGCAUGAGAUCGAUGUGAUCAACAGCAGGACACAGGGCUUCCUUGCUUUGUUCUCAGGUGACACUGGGGAAAUCAAGUCUGAAGUGCGUGAGCAGAUCAACGCCAAGGUCGCAGAGUGGAGGGAAGAAGGAAAGGCAGAGAUAAUCCCUGGGGUGCUGUUCAUUGAUGAAGUUCACAUGCUGGACAUUGAGUGUUUCUCCUUCCUAAACCGUGGCCUAGAAAGUGACAUGGCUCCAGUCCUGAUCAUGGCAACUAACCGAGGAAUAACCAGGAUUCGCGGUACAAGCUACAAAAGCCCUCACGGAAUUCCAAUCGACUUACUGGAUCGACUGGUGAUCAUCUCGACCUCUCCCUACAACGAGAAGGAAACCAAACAGAUUCUGAAGAUCAGGUGUGAAGAGGAGGACGUGGAGAUGAGUGAGGAUGCAUACACAGUACUCACCCGGAUCGGCUUGGAAACGUCUCUCCGUUACUCCAUUCAGUUGAUCACUGCUGCCAACCUCGUCUGUAAGAAGCGCAAGGGGACAGAGGUACAAGUGGAUGACAUUAAACGUGUUUACUCCCUCUUCCUGGAUGAGUCCCGAUCAACGCAGUACAUGAAGGAAUAUCAGGACGCCUUCAUGUUCAAUGAAAUAAAAGGUGAAGUGAUGGACACCAACUAACGCAGCAGGAUGUCGCAAAAGCUGUGAAGACCCCAAUGUUUGUUACCACUGAGAUCCAUUCGCGUGUUGAUUUGAACAAUAUUUUUGUCAUUUUUUAUGGUUUCCAGGUUAUUUUGUAAUAAAUUCUGAAAAGUU